AUGGCAAGUGUUGAAAAGAAAUCGUCCAAUUCUCGCAAGGAUCUCAUAUGUACGGUUUGUGGUGCACCAGCAACUGGUUUCAACUUUGCUGUGAUAACGUGCAUGUGUUGUAAAGCUUUUUUCCGUCGUAAUGCUUUGUUUGGUUUGUCUUCAUUGCAAUGUCGAUAUUUGUCUGAAAAAUGUUCAAUUAACAUUAAAACCCGUCGUGAUUGCUCUUAUUGUCGUUUAAAAAAGUGCUUUGAUGUUGGCAUGAAGAAGGAAUUGAUCCUAACCGAUGAAACGAAACGGAUUAAACGUGAAAAAAUCUUAGCCAAUCGUCAAAUGACAUUAAACUUAUUUCGUCCAGUGGAUACUUUUGAUAUCAAACGUAAUAGCCCCGUGAAACCUGAUCAUUCCACAAAUAUUGCCAAUAUUUAUAAUGCAUUUGAAGAUUACUGCUUUCUGCCAUUAGUGAAGUUCGACAGAUAUGAAUUUGAACUCGUUUCUCAACAGCCAGUGAAGUCUCGUAUCAAACUUCAACAUUACUAUCAAUAUUAUAUGACACAUGAAACAUCUUUAACUAAUUUCUUCAAACGUGUGCCAGAAUUUCGAACUUUUUCCGAAGAUCAACAGAUGGUGUUAUGUAAACACAAUAUGAAGUUUUUAGUACGAAUAAGUCUAAUAGAAACACGAGACCCAGAUUUGCCACUUUGGCCGGCAAUAAAUCUGCUUAUCGAAACCAUUUUCGGCAGAAGUUUACUUGAGGAAACGGAUAAUCUCUUACGAAAUUUCAAAGGGGAAAUUCACGAUUCGAGAUGCAUCCGAUUAUUACUCGUAAUAUUCCUUUUCUCAACGCAUUCUUCAUACAAUGGCUUUUUAGACACAUUAACUAUAUACAACAUUCAAACGAAGUAUACAGAAUUAUUAUGGACAUAUUUUAGUGAAAUUUACGAUUAUUCCGUCGUUUGUGAAAAAUUCUCAACAAUUAUUCGUCAUUGUCUACAUUUACAACGUAUUGGUUGUGACGCAGAAGCGAAACGUGAAGAACUGCAACGAACACGUCUAUGUAUUGCACCCGAAUGA